UACUCGCAAGCGGAAGGGUGUGUCUGCAAAUUGCAGUUUUAGUCAAUUACAUAUAUAUUGGAGUGAAACUCAAAGAUACUGAGUGAAACUUGAACUGAACUUACAAAACAACUGGAAGGCCAGAGGAAGGGGUAAAGGAGGAAACGCAAAACGAAAACGAUUCAAAGUAGGCCUGCUGAGCACAUAGGAGGUUAUUUCCUUGCUGAACGUGCCGCCAAAUAUCGUCUUGUAGAUAUGUGGAGCAUCAAAGACCCGUGAACAGGCGUGAGUUGACAAUCGACCAUAAUGUCUGCUGUACUCCUGGUUGAGUUCCUGGUCUUCUUGAGGCCAUUUAUACCAGAUCGCCAGGAAUAUAAUGAACUCAUUAAAUAUCUAGAAGAAAUAUUCCACAGCUGUGAUGAGAGUUAUAAAAAGUCAUCAGACUUUAAACAGCUAAUCCAGUCUACGAGGUUAGCUAUCGGCAAUGGCAAGAAGAAUAUACAUUGUUACAUCGCGCACCUUGUAUCCGAGUUACAGGCCCAUGUAAAACAUUCCGUCGAGAGAGACGACAGAAGUAAGUCUAAGAAGAGACAUGGCGACAGAAACUCUGGUGCAGACUCAAGUGAAAUACCAAAGGAACAGGUGAAUCGCAACAAGGAUGGAUCGGAUGUUCGGAUAAAUUUACCUAAUGAUGGCAUUAUCAGUGAGAAUAACGCUGGGAAAGAGGCUGACAGUGCUAUUGUUGCGGCAGAUGACGGUAAAGGGCAUUCUUCACCACAAGCUGCAGAUUUAAGUAAUUUAACGUUGGCCCUUAGACUUGUAGAUCUUCAGCCCGUGAAGGUAGAUUCGGUGUCAGCCGUCAAAUGCGCAGAUGUCCAUCCGGAACCGACAUCAACGUCUUAUAAGGAAAGUACAGAUAAUCCAUCAUGUAGUAAAGAACAGGAUUUUAUGUCAGUCGUUGAUGGUCAAAAUUCAGCAGUCAGCGAGAACGGUGAUAGUCAACGGGAAAUUCUGCUGUCAGUAAGUGCACUAAGUAUUUAUCAUAUUGUACGAGUUUGAAAUCACUUAUUCUUAGGGACCCUCCUUGGCCAUGUUGACUAAACAUUGUUCUUGUCGCUAUUGAAUUCGUAUUGCAGUCCUUAAAAUGUGUUCUUUGAUCGUAACCUGACCAAUCCGCUCCUACUUUCAAGUUUUUAUCGGUAUAUUAAUAGAAGUAUUUUUUUCUCACAGUGUGUUCAAAAAAGGGCAAGUAGCAGGGUGCAGACAGCUGUCUAUAGCUAUCCCUUUAGCCUUCUACUUUGGAUAUUCUCACCGUUAAAACCAAUAGUAACUGUGAAAGAAUCAGUUUCAAUUCCGCUGCCUACUUUUGAGCUCUGGUCUCCUCCUCUAAUUCAAAAUGAAAACCCUUUUUCUCAUGUGAAUUUCUUUCAAGGGAAAGACAACGUAUAACAUAACCUGAUUUCGCCUCGAAUUCGGGAGGCCCAAGGCCAAUUCCGGGUCGGAUUGUACCAAAGACUGUAAAAAUGAUACUUGUUGCUGCCUCGCUUGGCCCACAACGCGGAGGGGUGAGACCAAGGAAACAGAACUGGAUGCCCGGUGUCACUAUAAUUUGACUGGGUAGGGUGUCAUGUCUGGUGUCUUCAGCAUGAUACUUCAUUGGCGGCAGCAGUUUGACUGCAUGGACUCACCCUGUCACAAGAAGACAAGGUGUAUGUACACACAUCUAAUAACCCCUCAUAUGACUGGAAAAAAAAGUUCAGUACCACGUUAAACCAUACAUACAUACA